CCACCAUCUUCCUUUCAAUAUAGCCAAUGCUACAAAAUUCUCUGUUAACUUCACACUACUACUAUGGAGAAUCAUGGAGGAAGAUGAAGAAACAUAGCCAUAACCGAUGGAGAAAGGAGGACUGGUUCUUCGAUUGUGGCUGCAACCGUAACAGCUGUAGCAGUGGUCGGGCCGCUUUUUGGUCUGAUGAGUUUCAGCUUUGUGGCGACGGUGACUCUGUUUCUGAUCGCUUCUCCAUUGCUGCUGAUAUUUGCUCCAGUUUUAUGGUGAUGGUAGCGGUUCUUGUGGCAGCAAUGGUUGGUGUUGGGGUAGCUGCAGCCAUGUGGAUGAUGGGAAUAGCUGCUUUGGUAUGUUGUGGCCGAGAGAUUGGUAUUGAAACCGGAGUGGCUGGGAGGAUGGUUGAGUCGGUGGUGAGAGAGUUAGGUUACGGUCGGAGUCGUUACUUGCGAGACAAAUCAGAGGAUGGUUAUUCUUCUUCUCGGGCUUAGUUCAAAAACUUGGAAACACAUAGAUAUGGGCCAUAAUAUCAUAUGGCUAUCAGGGAUGUUUCUUCUAUGGCUGCGUCUCCGAAGAAGAAGUCUCUCAUCUUCUUAGGCUCUCCUCAGGUUAAGAGAUAUUUUUAACAUCUUCAUGGGUUUAGCGUUUUAGCCUAAUCUAAUUCCUUUUCCGUGAAAUUAGGUUUACGUGAUUGUACUUGAAGCUCUUUUCAAUGCAUCUGCUGCACCAAACUCUUCCUUCCAAGUUUAAU